AUGUGGAUGCUGCUACUGCAUACUGUUGAUGUUCAGAAGAUGAGAGAAGUGUGGUUUGUUGUCAAUGGUGUUCCCAUCCGUUAUGGGCUGAGGGAACACGCAUUGAUAUCAGGCCUAAACUGCCGCAACUAUCCUCUCGGAUACAAGGAUUUUGGUGAAAAGAAAUUUGUGAAGCGUCAUUUCAAGAACGGCGAAUCAAUAAGGUUGGAGGAUGUGAAAGCGAAACUGUUGGCAAUGGGAGGCCACAAAGACAGGCUGAAGAUGAUGGUUCUCUUCUUUUUAGGAAGUGUUGUUUGUGCCCAAAUGAAAGUCGGUCCUGGAGCCAAUGAUGUAUUGGAUUUUUUCCAAAGAGCUGUCGAUGAUCUUGGAUACUGCAAGACCUUUCCAUGGGGGAGAUACUCCUUUGAUUAUAUGGUUAAGGAGAUCUCUCACACAAUGGAUCAUUUUGGAGGAUUGGUGAAAGAGAAGACGCUAUGGCCACUUCCGGGUUUCUGUAUUCCACUAGAGCGUCUUGCUUUCGAGGCAAUACCUCAGCUGGGAGUUAAGUUUACAGAACCGGUUGAAGGAGCUAAUCCAGAAUGUCCGAGGAUGUGCCGGUCAAAGUUCAAAAAGACAGAAAUGAAAGGGUUUCCUCUAUCAAGUGUUAAUCAAGAACUGGAUAAGAUAAAGCCACGGGAAAUCGACAGCAUCGUGCCUACCUUGAAUGAUGAAGAAAAGACUCUUUUGGCUGAUGUAUGGGAAGAGGAUGACGACGACGAAAAGCCUGAUAUUGCUGUGGACAGCUGGAUUCAGCGUAUCAAUGAAGGAUACACAGUCUUUUUCAAAGACAUGUAUGAAGAAGACAUGGAAGCUCGGAAAGCAACUGCAGCAGCACAGGCAGUCCUUGAAGACGUUGCGCCAGUUGAAGAAGUGGCAGAACAUAAGAAGAUGUUGGAGGACUUGGUCAAGCUCGUGAAAAGUCUUGGAAAUAAGCUGGAGACCGUGUUGGAGAGGCAGAACGUCAUUGAGGAAAGGUUGGCCACGGUUGAGGGUAAGAAGAAGGGAAAGAAGGGAUCUAAGAAGAACUAA